UCCUAAUUCCAUCGUUUGUUCCAUCUCAUUGUACAGCACACAGAGGUCGAACUUCCUCGUUGUGUUUUGGUGUGUUCUGUUUCGUGUGUUGUUCUGCCUCUGCUCUCUCUUUCUCUUUCUCUCCUACUCUCUCUGUUCGUUCACUUUUCAAUUUCAUCCAAUCCAAACCUUCCACAUUCUCCUUCUGCAUUCUCUGCUCCUUUCUCAAUAAUUAUUAUGCUCCAUCGUCCUAAUCGUCUUCUCUCACCAACCGACUAGGGUUUGUCUCCCACGUUAGGUUUUUCGUUUUUUUUGCCGGGAUUUUGGGGGCAGACUUAAUCUCCGGCAGCUAUGGCCUCCAAUUUGCAGAUGAGUCCGGAGGUGGAGCAGAUCCACGGUGAAAUUCGCGACAACUUUCGUGCCCUUGCAAAUGGCUUCCAGAAGUUGGAUAAGAUUAAAGAUGCCAAUAGACAAACUAAUCAGCUUGAAGAACUCACGGAAAAGAUGAGGGAGUCCAAAAGGUUGAUAAAGGAGUUUGAUCGUAAAAUUAAAGAUGAAGAGGGGAGAAAUUCCCCAGAAGUGAAUAAGCAACUGAAUGAUGAAAAGCAAUCAAUGAUCAAGGAGCUAAACUCAUAUGUGGCAUUGCGAAAAACGUACAUGAACACCAUUGGAAAUAAAAAACUUGAACUUUUUGACAAUGGAGCUGGAGCAAGUGAACCUACAGCAGAUGAAAACGUUCGACUGGCAUCAGAAAUGUCAAAUCAAGAGCUAAUCAAUGCUGGGACAAAGACAAUGGAUGAAACUGACCAGGCUAUUGAGAGAUCUAAGCAGGUUGUACAUCAAACAAUUGAAGUUGGCACCCAAACUGCUGCUACCUUGAAAGGCCAAACUGAACAAAUGGGCCGUAUUGUUAAUGAACUUGAUUCAAUCCAGUUUUCAAUUAAGAAGGCCUCCCAACUUGUUAAGGAGAUUGGUAGACAGGUAGCUACAGACAAGUGCAUCAUGCUUUUUCUGUUCCUUAUUGUCUGUGGUGUGAUAGCCAUUAUUGUCGUGAAGAUUAUACAUCCCAACAACAAAGACAUUAGGGAUAUCCCGGGAUUGGCACCUCCAGUUCCCACAAGGAGGCUUUUGUAUGCAAGGACAAGAGAUCAUUUCGAUUAACUCUUAUAUUUGAACAAGAGUGACUGCGUCCUACUCCUACCAACUUGAUUCUUGUUCUCAUUGCUGCGGAAGUUAGAGGAUUGCUGUCUGGAGGCAUUAUUUUGGUCUCUUCAAUUAAUUAAAUAUUGUACACUUGCAUACCCUUGUUUGUGAUUUUAUGUAAAUCACACGAGAGCCUUCUGCUUUUCUUUCUGAGUGCCAUGUUUCGUUAUUGUAACAUUCCAAAAGUGUAGGACCAGAAGUAAAUCUGUUAAAUUCGUUCGUUCUGUAUAUGUCUAAUUCAAAGUGAGAUUUGCCCCUCCCCCUCUCCUAUUUCUCUUUAAUGUACACACAUUCCGAACUCUGAUGGAUUGCUUUUGUAAUUUACGUUCAGCGUUUUGCUUGCAGUUGUUCAUAUAAAGUUUCUUUACUUUGGCCUUCAAACCCGAA